ACUUUGUGUCGAGAAGCGUGUGCGUGCGUAUUGCGGCUUGGAGUCAGCUCGGUUUGGCUCGUGAGAGAAAACCAAGUCCGUGGUGAUUAACGCGGCGCUAUGAGCUGCGGGGCCGAUGUUCGCCGUUGCUUGUGAGUGAACGUACAAUCGAUCAGGAUGGAGGCGAGCGUGUCGAGGAACGAGUCCGGGAUCGUGCCAGAGCUGUACUUCCUGAUCGCUAAGUUCCUGGCGGCGGGCCCGUGUCUGGAGGCGGCGACGGUGCUGAAGCGGGAAUUGGAGCGUGCCGAGGUUCUACCGUCUCGACUCGACUGGAAAGGCAAUGUGCACACUCAGAACUUCGAGGAGCUGGAGAGAAAAUAUCCUCACAUUGGAUCACAUCAUUUGCAUCAAAUAUGUGCCAGAAUUGGACCAGUGUUAGAGAAAGAAGUGCCACCAUGUGUCCCAGGAGCCAUAUCGCUUCUAGGAGCAGGAAGGCAAUCUUUGCUGCGUACUCACGAAGAUCUUCUACGAAAUAUACGCAGCGUCGUCGAUUAUUCUGGAAGAUUAGGUGGAAAACCCUUCCUGGAACGUCCUGCCAAUUUGUCAGUGCCUAAUAUAGUACGUGUACUUCAGGGACGAGAGAAUUCUGGCCCCUUAAGUCGAAAAGAGGCGAUACCGACUAAGUGCUACAGCAAAAUGGAGCUGUAUCGGCACACAUUGGGCCACUUAUCCGCCGUGUACUGUGUAUUGUUUGAUCGCACUGGCAAAUAUAUUAUAACCGGGGCAGAUGAUUUGCUCGUCAAAGUCUGGAGUUCCAUCGACGGACGGUUACUUUCCACCUUCCGAGGUGCGUCCGCGGAGAUCAUGGACAUCGCGGUGAAUUUCGAUAACACUCUCUUGGCAGCAGGAAGCUUGGAUCGAAUAUUACGCGUUUGGUGUUUCCAGACGAUGUCGCCUGUGGCUGUUCUGUCCGGGCAUACAGGCAUGAUUACAUCCGUAAAUUUCUGCCCAAUAGUGUGUAACGAUGUGUACUACUUGGUCUCCACUAGUACCGAUGGAUCUGUAGCUUUUUGGUCUCAUACUCACCAACGAAAUGAAAGAGCAGUAUUUCAAACAAAACCUAUUCAGUACCAUGAGAAAAUGAGACCCGGUCAAGCGCAAAUGAUCUGCGCCUCCUUUAGUCCCGGUGGUGCGUUUAUGGCAGCCGGAUCUGCGGAUCAUAACGUAAGGGUUUACGCGAUGUUGGGCGACGAAGGCCCGCGCAGGGUUCUUGAAAUUGAAGCGCACACUGAUACUGUUGAUAGUAUUCAGUGGGCGCACAGUGGUUUGAGGUUUAUCUCUGGUUCUAAGGAUGGUACCGCCAACGUAUGGCAUUUCGAGCAGCAGCAGUGGUUGCAUAAGCAAUUACUUAUGACAACCAAGUUACCUGGGGAACCGGAAACUGAUGAUGACACAAAUAAGAAAGCGAAAGUGACUAUGGUCAGUUGGGAUGUAAGCGACGAAUUUGUUAUAACAGCGGUGAACGAUAGCUCGUUGAAAGUGUGGAAUGCAAAGUCGGGUGAAUUAAUAAAGGUACUACGCGGACACAGGGACGAGGUGUUCGUGUUGGAGUCUCACCCGAUAGACCCACGCGUGAUACUCAGCGCUGGUCACGACGGGCAGCUUAUCAUUUGGGACGUAUUAAAUACAGAACCGAUGGCGUGUUUCCAAAAUUUUAUCGAGGGUCAGGGAAAUGGUGCAGUCUUUGACGCAAAAUGGUCACCUGAUGGUACAAUGCUUGCAGCUACAGAUUCUCAUGGACACCUUUUGAUGUAUGGAUUUGGAUCUGGCGUUCAGAGAUUGAAAAUAAUACCGAAGGAACUAUUCUUCCAUACUGAUUAUCGACCCUUAAUAAGAGAUGGGAAUAAUUAUGUUCUUGAUGAGCAAACGCAAACAGCGCCGCAUCUAAUGCCACCACCGUUUUUGGUGGACGUGGAUGGAAAUCCUUAUCCACCAGUGUUACAGAGAUUGGUACCAGGGAGAGAAAAUUGCAGAGGCGAGCAGCUGGUACCAAAUAUUGCAGUUGGCGCUGGCGGAGUUCAAGAAGUUAUAGAAGGUCUUCCAGAGCAAGAGCCAAGAUCAAACAUUGAUCGAUUGAUCGAGGCUCUCGCUCAAAGACAAAAUAUCGAUGCGGAUGGAGAAGUUGCUGCUGAGGACAGAGAGAAUAAUAUUGCGGAACAACCGGUCCGCCAGAUAGCUAGUCCUCGUGCUAGCAGACAUGGUCUUAGGAGAGUAGGUGAUGUUGAGGGCGUUAGGCAAAGCAGUGGCAAUUGGCAAAGAGAUAGCACUACGCCGUGGAAUAAGCCUAUCCUCGCGCGUCCCAUGAACGUAGCCGUCAGAGAAACUCAAGUCAAAGCGGUUGAGGCAAUGGCUGAGAUGGAAUUAGAUAACUGGCGGCGGGAAAUGCGACGAAGACCUCAGUCUACAUCAAGCACUGCUAAUCAAGGCAAUAUAGGAAAUAGACUCGUAAAUCGCAAACGCAAUAGAACUACCAGACACGGUUAUAGAACUAGAGCAACGCGCGGGGAGGAACAAGAGGAUGAAGAAUUUGAGAAUCCUGACAACGUUGGCACGUCUGGAAGCUCUGCUAGCAGCAACAGCAACGACUCCACCGCUCACGAAGAAGAUAUGUGUUCUGAAACUACAAGCACAGAUUCCAGUACUGAAUAUUCAGAUUGGAUCGCGGAUCAUGGACUUAACACCCUACAACCACCUAAACGUAGCAAACGUAAACCCGUGAAGAAAAGAUCCCUUACACCCCCGAGCGACACAGACAGAAGACGUCCUAGUAGUAGGCGUCCUAAAAAGAAGGAAAUACCAGUAGUUAACGGCCGUGAAGUUCCUGAAGCCUAUCGACCUUCAGAGUGGCUUACCGAAGUCAUACCGAGGAAAGCCCCGUAUUAUCCGCAGAUGGGCGAUGAAAUAGUAUAUUUCAGACAAGGUCAUAAGUUAUAUCUGGACGCAAUUAGAAACAAGAAAGUUUACGAGCUUAGCGUUCGAUGCGAACCGUGGACCAAAAUGAAUAUAAGAGCACAAGAAUUUGUCAAAGUCGUGGGCAUUAAGUACGAAAUACGACCGCCUCGUUUGUGUUGCUUAAAAUUAGCGUUGAUGGACGAGGAAGGUCGGAUGACCGGUGAGAAUUUCACUAUCAAGUACCACGAUAUGGCUGACGUAUUAGAUUUCUUAGUGUUACGUCAAACCUUUGACACUGCGUUGGCGCGAAGUUGGUCUGAGGGGGACAAAUUCCGUUGUAUGAUCGACGACGGUUGGUGGAUGGGACAAAUCAUAUCGAUGGAACCGGUAGAUGAAGACUUCCCGGACUCCUUUUUUAUGUGCUUUCGUGUCAGAUGGGAUAAUGGCGAGUACGAGCAAAUGAGCCCGUGGGAUCUUGAGCCCGUCGACGAAGAUAGGCUUCCUGCAGAAAUCGGUGGUGCGGUUUCAGUUUUGCCGGAAGAAAUACAAGCGAUUCUGUAUCAACCGCAUGCCGAAGAGUGGCCCAUGGGUGACAGAGAAGCGACUUGCCGUCGAAUUAUACGGGGUCUCGAUCAAGUGAUGAGUCUUGCAAUCGCGGAACCGUUCGUCGCACCGGUGGAUCUCAAUAUCUAUCCGACUUACGCAUAUAUUGUAGAAUAUCCGAUCGAUUUGUCGACCAUCAAAGCCCGUUUUGAGAAUCACUUCUACAGAAGAAUCACGUCGGCGCAAUUUGAUGUGAGAUACUUAGCAACAAACGCUGAGCAAUUUAACGAGCCUCACAGCACGAUAGUGAAACAAGCGAGGAUAGUCACGGAUUUGUGCCUACGCAUAAUAAAGGAAACUACCCAAUUGGAUGUUCCCGCGGUGUAUCAUCAGUUGCUUGAUACAUACCAUUCUUCUGAGUCGGAAGUAGAGGUAGAUGAUUCUAGAAAUAAACCCUCGACGAGUAAACAAAGAUCAUCUACAUCCAGUAGAAAUUUACGCUCGCAAGACAUUUCAAAAGACUGGAAAUUGGCGUGCCGUCAAUUAUUGGAAAGUUUGUGGCAAUGUGAAGAUUCGAUUCCGUUCCGAGAGCCAGUUGACAGACUGGAACACCCGGAUUAUCAUCAGAUAAUCGACACACCGAUGGAUCUCCGUACUGUUAAAGAGGAUUUAUUGGGCGGCAACUAUGAAACGCCAGUAGAGUUUGCCAAAGAUAUGAAACUAAUAUUCACAAAUAGUAGAAAUUAUAAUACUAAUAAGCGUUCAAGGAUAUAUUCGAUGACAAUAAGACUGUCGGCCAUGUUCGAGGAACACAUGCGAACGAUACUUUUAAAUUGGAAGUCUGCAAGGAGACGACCUACUAUUGUGAGAGUGAAUACAAGAGCAAAGGCCAGACAAAAGAAGAAACCUAAUUUAACUAAUGGCACAGGACCACCUAAGUCGAAGUCCGCCCGAAGUGACGACGACGACGACGACGAUGAUGACGAUGUAAAUAGCGAAGACGACGACGACGACGAGUCUGGUAAAGAACAGAAGAACAAUUCUAACCUAUGUUUACCUGGACCAUCUCGACUGGCAAACGGCGAUACGAAACGGUCCACUUCUGGCUCCUCUCGGCCGAUGUUGAAAUUACGGAUCUCCCGGUCGAGCGCGAAGAGAGGAAGGAACAGUGAUAGGAGGAACCAUGAUAGUGACGUUAGUGAAUCCGAGGCAUCAGACACUGAUAGCAGUGACAGUGCGCCUGUCCGGAGAACUCGAGCGAGGACAGCGGUACCUAGUGUUAGUGCCGAUACCGAUUCCGGGGACAAUUAUACGCCCGGCGGCCGCAGCAGGCAGGUUCGCAAGAAUCGUGGUAAAAACAACAAGAACAGCAGGUACGCCAAGUCCAGAGCGAAAUCGAAUGUUGUGGACGAGGAUGAGGACGAGGACGACGCGAACGAAGAGGAGGAGGAGGAGGACAACGAGAAGUGUUUCGCCGCACCGGAGUCUACGGAGGAGAGCGAGGACGAGAAGUUCGUCAGAAGGGACACGCGAUCGAGGAAAUUGGUGACCGGGAACGAGAUAAAUCAGAAGCAUGUCGCCAACAACGGCAAGAACAACGACAACAACGACAGCGACAGCGAAGACGACGAUGAAGAGGAGGACGAAGAAGAAGACGAGCAAUCGCAACACGAAACCAACAAUCAAGAUUCAGACAGCGAUGACUCGUACAAGGCGUUCAAGCCGAUGUCGCGUGGCUCUCGAAGACAACAACGUCACUCCGUGAACUCGCGAACGAGUAUACAACAGCAUAGUAGGCGACGGGCCGUAAAGCGACCUCGUUACAACGAGGAGAGUGACGAUAGUGUAAAGGUGCCCGUGAGAAAUCGUCGUAAGAUCAAACGUCGCUCAUAUGCGGAAGACAGUGACGAGGAGAGUCUGCCGACACCAGAGCCUGAGCCUCAGCCUGGCAUUAGCAUAAGCAGCAGAGGUCGCGUACGCAAAAUGACGCCACGCGCUCGCGCUUAUCUUCUAGAAGCACCCUAACGGCAUCUCCUGUAUUAGUUGAAGUCGUUUGUACAUAUUGACUUCCUCGUGGAAGUGUGUGUCGCGCCGCAUGUCGGAGACUUUAACUUGACGCUGUGCUCGUACACAUACACUGCGAUUCGAGAUUUCCGUCGAAUAAGUCACCGUCGUGCUGGACGCUUCCAAUUACGAAGUAUUUCCAUUUUUACAGUUUGUUUUUUUUUCCUUUUAUAUACAGUAGUGUGAGCAGUGUUAUCUCUCUUAAUAGCUGUACAUUUUACCUGCACACCUGACCGAAUUCGAAAAGUCUGUUGGUUUUAACUACAUCUCCUGUUUAAUUUCUUGGCUCGUUCUCUUUAACGUCCAAAUGUAUGUAUAUGUUUGUAUAUCUGUAAUUUCUAAUGCAGAAUGUGUAGUUAGAACAAACAGAUCUACAAUAACCGACAGAUACGCAUAAAGUUGCAUUCAUUCGAAAAUUGUAUGAUAAUCGUGUUGUACAGUGUAAUACAUCUUGUUAUCCGUGUCGAAAGUAUGGAAGCGCGAACUGCUCGCGAAAAGACACCCUUGGUUAUGUGAUCACUUCCAAUAAUUUUGAAGUUUCAGUUGACAAAUGAAACUCUCAUGCCCAAUACUUACAACGGAAAUGAAGAUCGAUAUGAAAUAAUAUCUAAGAGCUAUUUGAACAUGUUACUUUCGACUAAACAAUUUAUUCGUCUCACGAGAGAAACUAAAAGAAUUGAACGAAUAUAAUUGUGAAAUUUAUCAAGUUACUUUAGCAGGCCUUCUCUCCUUUGCAAUACUGUUAUAACAGUUGUUUCUUAAGAGUUUAUUGUACAAGGUAACUAUUGGGAAGUUGCUGAAGGAAAUAGCCGAAAUUGUCGAAUUACAAAAAAAUAAGAUAUGCAUUCGUAUUUUCAAGGUAAACGUUGUAAAAAAGGGGUCAAAAAUUCGGCUGAAUGCAUACCUCAAUAAUGUUUUCGAAAAGUGAAAUUUUACAAAAAAAAAAAAAAAAAAAAAAUUAUAAAGAUAAAAUGAAUAAAAAGGGAGAUUAUUUCAAAUCUCUAUUGAUAAAUUUAAAGUAGUUUAAAAUACUUUAUAAUUAUGUAAUUUAUAGAUCGCCUGUGCAAUAGUUUUAGUAGAGUGUAGAACUGCUCAAUCUUGCGUGGGAUUGAAUUUUUUUUUUAUAAAAGUUCUUUGCAUAUGCGAUAGAAAAAGUUUAUUUAUUUAUUUGUUUUUAGUAUUGUGAGCUAUACAAUCAAUCGAGCUUCCGGCCCUUUCUUUGCCAUAUUUAUCUUUUCAAUAUUACGAAUCUAUAUUUAUUUUACAUGAUGUGAUAAAAAGAUAUUAGGAGGUCCUUCUAUUCCAUUCAUUCAUUUAAUUUGGUUGAUUCGUCACAAAUUUAUGGCUAUUUAAUUGAAACAACUUUUCGGUGGUUACCUCGUACAUAUAUCUAUGUAAUUUGUUAAGCACGUUCUAUAUUGAAAUAUUACAAGAUGAACGUGUCGAAGAAGAUAUACGGUAUUUUACGCAGUAUCUUUUAUCUUCAAAAAAAUUUUUGAAGCAGUGUAUAAACCGUUGAUUAUCUAUCGGUAGAUAAUUAUGUAUGAAUUGGGUUCCUGUACAUUUUAUUAGAACCUAUUGUGCAGAUUAUCUGUUAUAUAUAUCCGAACAUAUGCGGUAAAUUUAUAAUGAUUAUUUUUUUAUGUUAAAUUAAACGACGCGGCAUCUGCGACAAUAAUAAUAA